AUGUCGACGUCAAAUAAUUUUUCUAGUAAACAAAUGCCUCAACACAAUACAAAUACUUCUAUGAACCAAUCACUAUCUGUAUACGUUGGAAAUCUUUCAUUCAACACAAUCGAAGAAGAUUUAAACGCAUUUUUUAAUGAAAAAUGUGGAAAUGUUAAACGAGUUCGUAUUAUCUAUGAUAAUAAUACACAGCAGAGUCGUGGUUUUGGUUUUGUAAAUUUUAAUACAAUAGAUGGGUAUAAUGCUGCAUUGCAACUUGAAAAUCGUGUAUUAGAUGGUCGAGAACUGCGUAUUGCACCAGGUGAAACAAAAAAUUCUUCUUCAUCAUCUUCCAAUAAUGCAAAGGCAUUUGCUGGCGCGUCAAACAGCACUGCAGUAUCUCAAGCAACAAAUAAACCUAGAACACAAGUAGUUCAUUGUAAAAAAUCAACUUAUGAUGUUUACAUUGGCCGACCUUCAGAUUGGGGUAAUCCAUUCGUCAUUGGAAAAGACGGUGAUCGAGCAGAUGUUAUUAGAAAGUAUCGACAAUGGAUAAUGCGACAACCAGAUUUAUUAGUUCGAGCUAAAAAAGAACUUCGUGGUCAAAGAAUUGCAUGUUGGUGUAAACCCGAAGCUUGCCAUGGUGAUGUCCUUGCGGAAAUAGCUGAUGCCGAUUGA